UUAGAAAGAAAGAUUGUGAAAAUAAUUGAAGCACCAUUAGACAAAGUUAUAAAAAUAGAUGUGAUGAUGAGAAACCUACUAGAAAUGUUGACGAAAACUGAAUGUGGUAUUAAUAAUGUGAACAAUAAGAAUGAUGUGAUUAAGGUGUAUGAAAAUGAAUCUGUAGGAUCUAGCUCAGAUG